GUUGCGGCAGCUUGACGUUCCCAGUGAGCUGCACAUGCACUCUGGAGAGUCAGCAGCAGAGGAACCGACACUAAGCGCACACGGUUCUGUUGUGAGGGACAAGUGGAAGACCAGGAGCUCAGGGACGACACAGACGGACAGACAGCAAACCAAGAUGGCUUUAGCCAGAGAUCCAGGAACGGGGCAGCAGAACCAGGAGCACAGAGAUGCUGCUGACCAAAACUUUGACUACAUGUUCAAGCUGCUGAUCAUCGGCAACAGCAGCGUGGGGAAGACCUCCUUCUUAUUCCGCUAUGCGGACGAUUCCUUCACGUCGGCGUUUGUCAGCACAGUGGGAAUCGACUUCAAGGUCAAGACCAUCUACAGGAAUGACAAGAGGGUCAAACUCCAGAUCUGGGACACAGCGGGACAGGAGCGCUACCGGACCAUCACCACCGCUUACUACAGGGGGGCCAUGGGCUUUCUGCUCAUGUAUGACAUCACCAGCCAGGACUCAUUCUCCGCUGUGCAGGACUGGGCGACGCAGAUCAAGACUUACUCCUGGGACAACGCACAAGUGGUGCUUAUUGGAAACAAGCUGGACUUGGAAGAGGACAGGCAGGUCUCCACCGAGGACGGCCAGAAGCUGGCUACAGAGCUCGGGUUCGAAUUCUUCGAGGCCAGUGCCAAAGACAACAUUAACGUAAAGCAGGUCUUCGACAAGCUGGUGGACAUCAUCUGCGAGAAGAUGAGCGAGACCGUCAACGGCAACGUCGGCCCCUCAGCCACUCACAAGGGAGUCAACCUGAAGGACACGCCUCCCAGCAACAAGGGUGCCUGCACGUGCUGAUGGCUGACAGUGGGAAUUCACAGCAU